GCAAGAAUAUUUCUUUACUUUCCACUUACUCCCUCUUCUUCCUCCAAUCGAGAAAAAAACAUCUCCAAUUUAAUUUCCCCUCAUCUUCGUGUCUCUUUUCCUCCGCAAACUAUGGAAACUUCGAAGAAAUCACAAGUCGGUAGAGGAUUAGACACCGACGGUAGCAAAUGGGUCAUCGCCGAAAUCUCUAUACGGGCUUCACUGAAGCCGGUGAAGCCCAAACUGAAAAGGCACGAGAGAGACACAGAAGCUGAAGAAGUAGAACAUUACAGUGGCAGCGAAGAGUACUGCAUCACACCCACGGCGAAAGAAGAAGCGAAGCUCUCUGAGAAACUGAUAUGUCCGCCGGCGCCAAGAAAACGCCGACCAGCGCUGAAGUGUCGGAGCAAUGUCGGUAUAAAGUACUUUGUGCCUCCUUCAGAUUUGGAGACCGUGUUUAUACGACGCCGUUAAUGCAAAACGAUGAUAUUCUCAAGUAUAUAGUGAAAGAGUUUUAAGUUGUUGUCGGGGCAUUGUCACUAGCUUCGGCUUUAAACUUUGAAGAUCAUUUACCUUGUACUAUAUAAAUUAUAAUUUUAUAUGCGUUUUAUCAACACCAGCUUGUUGAGCUCAUUGGGAUCAAAAGUCUCAUCAUGGCCAGUUUUGGAAUUUGGCGGAUUCUUGUUGAUUUCUCGGCGAAUCUUGGUCAGGGUUUUCUGAGAGAAGCCAGAAGAACCAAGUGAGGUGCCGAGGUAAUGGUGUCUCUCCCGCCUGAAAUGUAUGUCAAGAUGACAUCUUUGAGGAAUCGAUCAUCAAUAGGGUUCAGUAUCUCAUGCUUGGUUGUAUCUAGCUUUAUGAUGACUAAUGCUUUGCAGUUUUACCUC